AUGGACGUCAUGGAUAAAUCAAACAAAAUCAAUUCAGUGUCCAUAUUGAAUUCAUUUUUGAUAGAUUCCUUGUUACUUAAGCUCACUUCCACUCAAUCACUCAGCGAUCUCGUUCCACCACGCCACUUUGAAGAUGUCCAGUUCCUUGAAAUUCAAAAUAACCUCAAUGAUGAUUUGAAGUCUAAGCUCUUCACCAUUAAGCAGAAUAUCGAAUAUGAAUUUAUCCACAACGACUACGAUUACUCCACCUCAGACGACACCCAAUACCAAUACUCAAUUUCAAUCCACUCUGCUAUCAACUUUCUUAAGAAGUCUAUAAAUGAUCAAGCUUUCCUGAUUUUCAUCUUGUCCAACGAAGAAGACUCCAUUAAACGUCAUUUAGAGUCUAAAAUUAAGGAGCUGUCUCACUCCAGUCUACCCCUCCACACUCCAAAUAAGUUAGAAAUCCUCGAUAAAUUCAACCAGCUACAACAACCCCCUCAACAGACCCCCGGUUCAACUCCCACCACUUCCACUUCCUCUUCUUAA